GAGGCCGCGGUGGUUUGGUUUGUGUUCACAAGUGUGUAAAAGGGAUCCGGGGCGAAAAUGCUGCCGCCUUCGCUGUAAACACGGUUAAACAUCUGGAUAUAUACGGAGUACUGACCAGCCUCUGCUUUCUGUCGAACCUCCUGUGCGUAUCCAGGAUCAGGAUCUCUCCUAGAAGCAUCACCUGCAACUGCAACAACCAACCAUGUCGUGCCGGGACAUCCACGCCACCAACGCUUUCUCCUUCAUCAUUGCAUUUGUGUCUGUGGGUGGGAUUGUUGUGGCCACGGUGAUCCCUCAGUGGCGUGUGACCAGGCUCGUCACCUUCAAUCGCAACGCCAAAAAUGUCAGCGUCUACGACGGGUUGUGGGCUAAAUGUGUGAAGCAAGACGGCUACUCGGGAUGUUACUACCAUGAUUCAGAGUGGUACUCUAAAGUGGACCAGUUAGAUCUGCGGCUCCUGCAGUUCUGCCUCCCGACGGCCCUCACGUUCGGCUCUCUGGCCUUGCUGCUGUGCAUGGCCGGGAUGUGUAAAACCUGCUGCUGCUCGGACAAGCCUGAACCGGACAUUAAAACGAUUCGAUUCCUGGUGAACAGUGCGGGCUGUCAUCUGGUGGCCGGGACGUUCUUGUUUCUGGGCGGAGCCGUCGCCAUCGCACCCUCAGUGUGGUUCCUGUUCCGCACCAAGGAGAUGAACGCCAGAUACGACAACAUUUUCUCAGAUGGAUUCGCCGUGUACGUGUCAAUAGGCUGCGCUGGGGGACUGAUGUUGUCCGCGCUGCUGAUGUUCAUGUGGUACUGCAUGUGUAAGAAGUUGCCUUCACCCUUCUGGUUGCCUUUACCCUCCAUGCCUACCUCCGCGUCCACCCAGCCUCUCACCGCCAACGGAUAUCCUCCUUCACCAGUUUAUGGCCCACAGCCCUUCCCACCUCAGGCGUAUCCUCCCGCGGUGAUCGACGCACAGCCUUACGUGCCCAUUCAGGGCUACACGCAAAGUGUGAUCGCCCCUGCUGCCCCACAGGUGUUCAUGCCUCAGCACUCUGCUCCAGAGGGGUAUGGUUCAGAGGUGGGAGGGACCCAAGCUUACGGCUACGCUGCCUCGCAUGCUCCCUCUCAGAGUUACGCUCCCUCUCAGAGUUACGCCCCGUCUCAGAGUUACGCCCCGUCUCAGAGUUACGCUCCGUCUCAGAGUUACGCUCCGUCUCAGGGCUACGCGUCCAGCCACGUAGGCCACCGCUACUCCAGCCGCUCACGGAUGUCAGCCAUAGAGAUUGACAUUCCCGUACUGUCACACUGAGACCACGUUUAAGGCCUCUGUCGGUAAACCCCCAUAUUAUUCACCACUGAUAUAACUAAUAGAGUAUGAUUGAUGAAAGUUAAUAACUCGAGAGCUAUUUACAGACUAUAGAGUGAUGGCUUUAAAGAUUCUGUCUGUCGGUCCAGGUUUGUAAAUUGCUGAUCACAGAGGAUGAGAGUCAGUCAAAACAACCCUGGAGGUACAACACUAUAUGAAGGAUGAGAUUAUUUGUCUAAACAAAUAUGACGCUAGCACUAGUGCAAAUCUCUGUACUCCAUUUAGUAUUAUGGAAAGGGAAGAAACUAACUUUUAUUUACAGCUCAGGACAGACACUUCAACCAAGCUUGUUUCACUAUUUACCAGCAUCAUCAAGUUUCUAAUUUCCUGAAGUGGCCAAUGGACCAACUUUCUUACUGCUGUUACCAAGUGGCUUAAUAUAAAUUCUAACCCUUUUCUUAGCUCGUCCUCAGAUGUAUUAUUUUCUGUUACGUAUUUUGUUACUUUACCUUCCUACUCAACUUAAUUGUGCUGGUUUCCAGCUAAGAGUAUGGAGGUAUUCUGUUGUCACUACUGAACAUAACACUGACAUGCACCACUAACUGGAUCACCUGUCUGUAUCUUAUUUGUCGAUUGUCGUAGUGUGAAUUGUUAAAAGUGUCACUGUGCCAUCUGAAGAGCAGCUGUUAGAGUUUUUUUCAAUGCACUAAUUAUGUGAAUACCAUGCCAGUUUACAGUGCCCCCUUUUUUUUUCUUUUUUUUUACUUUGAGCAUUGUUUUAAAUGUACGUCUUCUUCUAACCAUAACCAACCACAGCCUUCAAACAAAAAAAGGGGAGAUGUUUCACCUGUCUUAAUCUGACGCAUGAAAUGGUAUUUGAAAAACUCUGUUAAAUUAUAAUUAUGAACUGUAAUGUCAGAAACACUAAAUGUGGUUUCAAAAUGUGUCUACUACUGUGCUGUUGACAUUUGCUAACUUAGCUGUGUGUGGUGGUUCAGUAGUUUUAGUCCAUGUGAUGACGCCAAAUUCAAUUUAGCUGCCUCUGGUGUAUUUUUUCCUAUUGAGCACUGGCGUGCAUUUUUAUUGUCCACUAUGUUAUUCUAAAGUGAAAUUGUAAAAGAAACACGAUUUUCUACACUGUCAUCUUUUUAUUUCAAAUAAAACUAAAAUCAUGACAAA